AUGAAUCAGCAACCACCACAACCUCUCAACACCGGGCCUCGACAGCCUGCGCCCGUUUCUAAUGGCGACCACAACUUCUCCCAGCCCAGGCCUCAUACGAGGCAGCCCGACCAGCAGGAUACCAACCAGUCUCGCGCCGCGCGAUUCGAAGAUGAGAAGAGGCGCAUCAUCGACGCCUGCUUCAGCAAGCGAGAUCCCGAGGGGAUGCAACUCGAGUCAUAUAUCACCCACGUCCGAGUGCUCGAAGAUGCCUCAUAUCCCUCCUCCCCUCCUCCUCCGGACUCUCCUCACUCCAACAAGAAGCACAGGGUCAUCCUCGUCGCCGUCCGCCGCUCCGGCAAGGUCAGAGUCCACAAGGCCCGCGAGAACUCUAAUGGAUCUUUCUCCAUCGGCAAGACAUGGAAUCUCGACGAGUUGACCGCCAUCAUUUCAUACACGGCCCUCGUGCCCGCGAACCCCCAGCAGCAGAUGGAGAAGCAGUGGGCAUCCAAUACGGGCUUCACCGUGUCUCUGGGCAAGCCCUAUUUCUGGUCUGCCCCUACACCGAAAGAGAAGGAUUUCUUCAUUGCCAGUUUGAUCAAGAUAUACCGCAAGUACACCGGUGGAAAGCUUCCGGAUCUCAUAGGCUUUGCUCCGCAGGAACUACAACAAAUCACUGGUGUACCAUCGACUCAGAACACUCCUACUUCCAGAACCAAUUUCUCCCCGAUCGUCCCAUCCCCAACUCCCCCGCCUGCUCUAGCUCCGAGCCAUCCAGCUGCCGUGCCAGCUCUCAGCACGAACCGGCCACAGUCUCCGUAUGUUGUUCAGCCUCCCCCGAGCCGAGAUGGCAAUCGAACGGAGCUACAAGACCAAAAUAGAGCAGUCAGCCGGCAAGAAUAUCGUCCCCCGACGAGAGAGAUGGCGCGACCACCCUCUCAGGCUGAAGAGCGGCCUUUAGGCUUACCGCCUAGACCAAACCGGGGCCCUCUGGUGCAAGAUAGCCCUCGCACACAGCCUUAUGGCGUUCAGAUAAGGCGUGACGAAGCUCGUACGCCGUCGCUGUCCGAUAGCCUACAACCGGCACCGCUGCGACCAUCCAUCAGUCCAAAAGGCUCUCAAUCGUCACUCCAGCGACCCGAUCCUGCACUUGAGCCACCGCCUCUGAGACCCAAUGGCCCCGGCGUCGCAAAGGCCGGUGGUCAAGACUUUGCGGCGAAAAGACCGGGGCCUAUGAUGGGUCAAGAUUCAAUGAGAGAUGCCGGUCGCGGCGAACCAUUAAGCAAUUCGAGGCCGAGCACGGCAGCGAGCGAUCGCAGGACGCCUGAACCGCCUCCCAGUCUCCCAGCUCUCGACUUUGAACUCUUCCCUGAGCGGAAGAAGCCAGCCACCGCUACAACUGACCUCAAAUCCGAACAACCGGCUCCUCCGAGUCAGAAUAACAGUGCGUUUGUAACUCCGUUAGGGACACCGACUGCCAUCAAAGAGGAGCAAUUGCAGCGAAAACCGGAUUACUUCGUGAACGACAAGGCCGCGGCGGAGAAGAAGCAGCCACAAGCAAACGACCUUGUACCACCGAAGGCCGUGUACAACGAAGUGACGACGUCAGAGCCCGAAGCUCUGAAGACUGCAAACGAGUCUGUGGCUCCAGAGCCACUGGAGCCUCCGGCCCCUCCGAAGGUUGAAGAGGAACAUCGCCCCGGCCUUGGUCCCAUGAUCAAGAAGAGAUCCGGGAAGGACAUCGCGACUCAAUUUCGAAAGGCUGCUCUUGCCGCUGGCGCAUUCCAACCCCGUCAAGGCGGUGCCGGUGCGCGCUUGAAGGCCAUGCAGGAGAAACUCUCCAACGAGCCGGAUGGCAUCACCAGUGUGGUCCCAGCUCCACUGAAGAGAGGUAUGAGCUCGGACGAUGCGAAGAGCGCAACCUCUGAUCUUGCCACUACGGAAGUAGAGAAAGAUCAGCCUAAGACCAAACUUGGGCCGGGUGAUGCUGUACCGCGAGUUCAGAUUGAGCGUACGGCGACCUCAGACAGCGUCUCUAAGUCAGAAACGCCUACGACGAGGUUUAUCCCUGUCGAGCCUGAGGGACCAAAGGAAGAAACAAGAGCAGAGUCGCCGGAUAAGGGCCGGUCAGCUUCGCCACAAAGAAAACGUCGGCAAAAGCUAGAAGCAGAAGUAGAAAAGCACUGCACAGCUUUAGGGAUUGAUCCGCGGAUCACCGAGAGCCGCGGAGCAGAUUUGAAUGAACUUUUGACAGAAUUUGCAUGGGAUGGCAGGCUUGCGAGUGACCAGAUUCUGGAGAAUUUCGAGACCGACAUUCGAAGGGAGAUUGGCCGGGCCCAGGCCAGUGGCUGGCUCGGCCACGUCGAACACCAAGAGAUCAAGGUGCAGGAGCUCGGAAAAGCAUUCGAAAAGGCCAUCGCCGAAUGUGAAGAGCUUGACGGGCUGUUGACGCUCUAUGCGCAUGAACUCGAUACUCUCCACGAAGAUAUCGAAUACAUCGAGGCUCAAGGACAAGGAUUGCAAGUGCAGACUGCCAAUCAGAAGUUGCUGCAGGCUGAGUUGCAAAACCUCCUGAAAAUGUUGACAAUAUCCCCAUCAGAUCUUCGCGCUUUGCAGCUUACGCCUAUCGACAACUUUAAGGACGUUCAAGAAGUCGAGCACGCAUUGACUUUGCUCUACAGCGCAAUGGUGAUUAUCGAUCCAGAUUUGCGCGAGAACAAACUUCGUCACGCUACUGCGAACAACCGCACCGGACUGGGAACGAAUGCCGAAGCGGACCUCACCAAGAUGCGAGCGGUGCGCGAGAAGAAAGAGGAAUACAAGCACGAAAGUAUGAUGUUCGUCAACCGCUUCAAUCAGCACAUGAAGGCCAUGUUCCAGUUAGCCGAGCAGCGAACAAGUGAGGAAAAUGCUAGCGUUAGCAUUUCUUCUGGGACCUCCUCCCUCACGCUCAACCUGCGGGCUUAUAAUGCUUCCCGACAAGAGCUUUGGGUCUACAAUGUCAUGAUGCUUUUCGUACGGGAGGUCAAUCAGUACGAAUGGCAUACAUUGAUCGGCAGCUACGAAAUCAAUGUCAAGAGUAUCUACCAGGAGCAGUUCCGAGACUUCACCAUGAGUCUUAGGAGGACAGCCAGGCACCCCAUGGGAGAGGAGCAAGAAAUCCUUUUCACGCACCAAGACAAGGAGAAGGCAGAGGAGUCCAAUCUUUCAACAGCAGCCCGCAAGCUUACGGUCAAACGUAGCAGGGCAGUCAAGACUCAUGCCACGAGACAUUCAAUUAGCGAAAGACGGGACGGCAAAACCGACGCCUGGGCUGUAUUUGACGCCGUGCUUGAGCAACAGGCCACAGCUAUUUCGGAAGAACAGAAUUUCGUCGUCCAUUUCUUCCAUCUGAACUCGCAGUCGAAUGAAAAUUUUGCGGAGCUAGUACAAUCUCGGCCGCCUGAACAGCGCAAGCUUCCCAAUUUGCAGGCGAAACAGCCUUUCGAUCCGGAUCGUAAUAUGGCCAAGAUCGUGCAGAGUACCACCGAAGGGAUCUACUCAUUCUGGCCCGCGGACCUCCAAGCGUUGGUGGAAUGGGUUUUCAAGAUGGAUCAAUUACAGGGCGUGGGCGUCUUGGUGUCUCUCGAACAGUGCUUGUCGAAGUAUGAAGAAACGAAUCAAGAAUUCAUCACUCGGACGGUAAGGACCCUUCACGACAGAUUGACCGGUCUUUUCCACAAAUUCGUUGAAGAACAAGUCAAGGCGAUAGAGGAAACCAAGGUGAAAGUAAAAAAGAGGAAAGGGCUGAUUUCGUUUAUGAGGAUCUUCCCGGACUUCAUAACCGUGGUCGAAGACAUGAUUCCGCAGGAAUUCGCCCACCAAGAGUCACUCGAAGUGCGCUUCAUCGUCAAUGACGCGUACACCAAACUUCUGAAAGCCACGUGGGAAUCGCUCAAUUUCAUCGCCAAAGACAAUCCGGUGGGAGAUUCUUCUAGCGGGGCAGCGACAGCACACUCGAACGCACCAUUGAGCGGCGAUCCAGAAGAUAAAGAGGCGUUGAAUCACCAUAUUCUCUUGAUCGAGAAUAUGAAUUAUUUCGCCGAGGAAGUGAAAACGCAUAACAAUGUGGUUCUCGAAGAAUGGGUUGAGCGAGCCUCGCGCGAUCAAUUAGCCCACUUGGCACAGUAUACGGAUGCUGUGAUCCGACGGCCACUGGGGAAGUGGCUUGAUUUCCUGGAAAGCACCGAAGCCCUUAUGAAGGCGAGCGACCCGUCAUCCACGUCCAUCGCGAAUAAGCCGUCCCACUCACGCAGUGCGGCCAAGAAGAUUCUAGGGGGCUAUGACGCAAAGGAGGUUAGGAAGGGAGUGGAGACGUUGAAGAAGAGGAUCGAGAAGCACUUUGCAGACGGGGAUGAUUCUUCGGCAGCGUCGGAGAGACCAGGAAAGAAGGAUUUGAUAGGAAGGGUGUUUGAGGAGUGUGCAGUUAGGUACGCUCACGCCUAUGAUCGGAUGAAGAUCAUCGUGGAGAGAGUUUACGAUGGAAGUUUGGAGAUUGACUGGAGGAAGGAGGAUGUACUCGGGCUGUUUAAGAGGUAA